UUUCCUGUUUCCUAGCAACAAAAGGAAGUAUUUGUUGUUGCCCUCUCCUGCGGGACUCCUACCAGUAAAUCCCGGGGUGUCGAGGUCGGGAGGCGUUGCGGGGCCGCUCAGCCCGGCGUGCGGGACCCCGUCCUAGGGAACGGCGGGGCUUCCGAGGGGGCCCGGAGAAUUUUGGCCUCGUCCGUUUGGUUCCCCUCGGCCCGAUCCGUCCGUUGCUCGCCGAACGGGAGGCGAAGAGCUCGGAGGGGUUUCUCUUCGCGGGAAAUGGUGGGUCGUCGUGAGGCCUCUCUUCUACCUCAGGGCGGGACCCGUCGCGGACUGUGAACUCCGCCUGGAGCCUCCCGGGGAAACGAGGGACCGGGACCCUCGCGCCUCCUGAAUCCGAAUCUCAGGGUUUUCAGCCCCGCUCGUAGCUGCUGAUCGCGCCCGCCUCCUCCUCCUCCGACGCCGGAUGCCUUAGGAAGCCUGGAAUUACCUGCUGGCUGCUGCUGCUGCCGCCCUACUUGAACGGGAUGCUUCCCGCUGGGAUGUCCUGAAAUGCACUGGAUCCUGUGGUGGAGGUCCAGCUCCUCUCACUCUUUUCUCUCUCCCAGCACUCAGGGUCUCCCCCACGUGUCUUCUCGUCCUCCUCCUCCUCCUUCUUCAGCCUCUGGGGCGGAGGCUUCUUCCUGGAUAACCUCCUGCUCCGAAGAUGGGGCUGUGAAGGCCCGCCUGGGUCCUGAAGGAGGUCGCCUUGAAUGCCUUUUGGUUCUUGAGAAAGGCAGCGCAGCUUGAAACUCGGCCCCAGAAAACCGAAAAAUCAACUUAACGCUGCUCAUUGCCCGACGUGUUUUGUGCAGUGUUUUAAUGUACAAUUAAUAUGUCCGGCUCUGAGCCGUAUUCCCUGUUUUGGGAGGAAGGUCGUUUGUGUCGGUGGCUCCUGAUAAAUGAAUGUUGUGCUGAUCUGGGGGAUUCAGAAUGAUCUGACAGGACAGGAAGAAACAGCUCAUCGUGGAUAUGCGGAUGGACCUGCAGCCAAGUACAUGAGCUCAGUCUCCCGUUAGCUGGAACAACGUGUAUCUUCCCGUUCUUCAAAGUUCUCCCAGAUCCACACAACUCCACAGCCCAAUGGCAGCAACCAGUCAGCUUUCUGAUCUGGGCCACAAAGAAUCUGGAUGACUACUGGCCAGCAGCAGAGACAGAAAACCCUUAGCAUUUUUGCCUUCACCUACAAAUGUCUUCAAAGAAAAAACAGGUCCAGUUGCCUCCUGAAAAAAAACAUGACCUGGAUGACUGAGAAUCUCUACAGACUUUUAUCUAUACAAUUUGGAAUGAACACCCUUUGAAUGGCAUGGGAGUAGAAUGGAUUGCCAAAGAAAAAUUGCAGACUAAAGGAACCAGGAACACUACUUGGGUGACCCUGAGGACACAGAUAAACCUCCAAGUGCUUUAAGGACCCUCUAAAACAGGGCUGUCAAACUCGUGGCCCGUGGCCCAGAUGCAUCACAUGCUGGCCAUGCCCAUGGUUUAGUGAAGGGGAAAAAAGUCCUGAUAUGUCACAGGACGCUGCCAUGAUGAUGCAAGUUUGACACUCCUGCUCUAAAAGGAUGCAAAUGACCAGCUCUCUGCAAGGAAUAUAAAUCCUUCCAUUCUGUACUAUCCUGUCAGAGCUGAAGAAGCCUCCUGGAUGAGGAGCAAAAUGUCCUGAAAGAAAAAACAAAAAAAUCCAGUUGCCUCCUGAAAAAAACACCUUUGAGACAACCAUGACCUGGAGACUCCAUCUACAAAGUUGUGGGAAGAGAUAUCUAUCACAUCAAAGCCCCAGUAUACCAGUCCUCUUAGAAUUGCUAAACAAGUUGGCAUCUGGUUAAAACAGCUGUUGCGUGAAAACAUCAGGGCUGCACUGUAGUCUUAAUAUGGAAAAAAAAUCCCUAAAGGGCAAUUUCUGUAUUGUUUCCGUAUUAUUGCUCUAAUCAAGGCAUAUCCAUAGGAUUGCCGGAGUUUCGCCGGACUCAAGCAAGCCCUUGCCUUUUAAGAGCCCAGGUGGCACAUUCUCCUAGACCAGGGCUCUCCAACCUUGACUUGUCUUAAAAGUUGCCAAGAUUGGAGACCCCUGUCCUAGACCUAGUCUAUCAUCAUUCCUAAUCCUCUGCCAACCUGAGAUGCUCAGAAGGAAGGCCCCUAUUUAGAGAAUGCCAGAAGACUACAGCCCCCAGCAUGCCUUGCUCCUUUUCCACCUCCACUCUCUGAUUGGCUGGGGUGCCUGUUCGAACGCCCGCAGGCCGGCCAAUGGGAAACGGCCUAGUGUCCCAGGGCCAGGCUGGAAGAAGCAGCAUUGGCUCCAGCGGUCAGUGUCCUCGCCUCGUGGCCGACGGCAGGAUGACGGUGCCCAGGUGGGAGCGCGCAGCCCGGGUGCUGCUCUGCGCGGCGGGGCUGGCGCUCUCUAUUUACGCGUGGCACGUGGAGACAUCCAAGGAGCGCGACGCCGCCUACCGGGCUAUGUGCGACAUCAGCGCCGACAUCAGCUGCUCCCGGGUCUUUACCUCCAGGUGGGGUCGUGGUUUUGGCUUGGUGGCAGACCUUCUGGGACCUCACAGCCUCUUCAAUCAGCCAAACAGCAUUUUUGGGAUUAUUUUCUAUAUUUUGCAGAUACUUCUGGGUUUCUUUCACCACAACCUGGCGGCCAUCGCUCUUCUGGGCUCUUCGUUUGUCUCCAUUGCUGGAUCUCUCUACUUGGCCUACAUCCUUUUUUAUGUGCUCCACGACUUCUGUGUCAUUUGCAUCAGCACCUACAUCCUCAACUUUGCCCUCCUGUUUAUAAACUACAAACUCCUGGGCUACCUCAACCGUCCACCCCCACUGAAGACAAAAGCCAAGAGGCACUGAACACCAUGUUCUUUUGAGCCUGCACAAUCCCUGGACCUUGUAUUUGAAGAUGACCAAGUAGACAGUUUAUAGACACCACCUUCAUCUUCUUUGCCUAGGAGUUGUUCUUCAGCAUGUCUCCCAUCAUCUUUCAGACUUCAAACAUCUCAGAAAUCAUAACCUGAUUUCUAUUACCCAGAAUUAAAAUGGAAGCUACCUUGCACGGUGCAAACCAAAAUUAAGCUGUUUUGAUUUUAACAAUUUUUUAAAUGGCAUUUUUCCUUAGCUCUUUUAAAUUGUUUUAUGUAUGCUCGUUUUGUACAAUUACAGGUUAUCCUUCAUAACUUUAGACUUACGGAUUCUAUGAUCCACUUUAUAAGUGGAUUAAGGUGUAGUGGGAGGUUUAAUACAGGGGUAGAUAGCAUCAACAUAAUAUGGGCAACCAAGUCAUUGUUACCUGCUCUUUUUUUCAUAUGCAUGGCACAUAUCACAUGCAUGUAAAAAGAAGAAGGGUCUUCUCACCAGUUAUAAUUGCCAUUUUCAUGCUGUUGGCAUCCAUCUUUCAGAGAUGCCAUGCUUAAUAUAAACUUUUAAAGAUUUUGGACUAUGAUAUUAAAAGUGACUCUCCAUUGAGCAGUGGCUGCUUAAAUUAACACCAUUUCACACUGAUAAUCAGGCCUGGUUUACUUUUCCCAUCAUUAAUUUCUUUUGCUUGGUGUUCCACCAUAUCAUUUGGCAAACCGAAACAGUGUUUCCCAAAUAGGAGAUAGUGAUGCAUAGCUACGGAAAAAGAAUAGCAAGUUGCAGAUAAUUAUUUUUAUUAGAAAUAAAACACUACACAUUGUAGAUAAAUUAAAACGGAGACUGGUCUAGAUCCAAUUAGGUAAUACCAUCAGUCCUUUAAAUACUGAUGAUGUUACCUAGUUGGGUAACGGAAUGUCUGCAAGAAAAAACCAAGCUCAGAGAGCACCAAGGAUCCUUCAUAUCAACUCUGAGUUACAAAUACAUUUUGUUGGUAGCAAAAAUAAAUCCAAGAGCAUUGUUCUUCAGUUGUGAAUUUACAAAAAUUGAAUUACGACAUAUUCAGCCACUUAAAAUAUAGCUAACAUGUUAGACUUAAAUUUUACAAGGGUAGUUUGGAUAACAAUUAUUUUAAACACUGAUUUUGAUUUUCUGUAUUGGGCACCAAAAGUUCCUGAGCCAUUUCUAUGUAUAACAAAAUAUAUUUGCCAGCCAUCGGGCUAAUAUUUCAUUUUGUUUUAAUGGAAUCGGUUUCUAGCUUCUCAUUCCUGUGGCAAGAAAAGAAAGUUGGUCAGAAGGGACCAUGCAGGUUCCCUUUUUGUACAUUAGAAUUAUGUUUGUAACAAGCAACAUUUCUUCCCAUACGUUUUUUAGAUGAAAUAAUGGAGAUUUGAAACAAUGGAGGAAUUGUUCUCUCAGCUAGCAGCAGGGGACGCUGUUUUUCUAUUAAUACAACCAGCUCUGAAUUUAACUCUUUGUAAUGUUUUAUCCCAAAAAUAAAGAGGACAAAGACAAAAAUUCAGAUUGGCUUUC